AUGAGGCUAUUUCUUUUGAUAUUGAUUCAAGUGGGGAUUGGUUUUGCGGUCAAAUUUGAAGCCAUGGUUUCCUCGUCGGCUCUCAAUGUGAUCCAUUCGGCGCGAACGAAGAACAUCCACAUUCGACAGUGCAAUUGCAAUGAAAUGAACUCAUGUUUUGAAGAGGCUAAACAGCAAGCUUUGGAGUGUCUCGAGCCAUGUUUCCGAGAAGUGCGAAGGUUCGAUUUGGUGCGUGAUCCCGAAUCGUUGCGGCAAUGUUUCUUGACGAAAAAGGAAUUCGUCAACAAUCUCCUCUUAUGCUUCCAAAAUAAUAUCAGAGCAUGUGUCGAGCCGGGCAAAGAAUCGAAAAGUGUCCCCUCUGCCGAUCUCACCGUUCUCAUCGAUCGAGUUGAAGAAGUGGUGACCCAACAAGCCGAGGUCUUCCUCCGAACCGUCAACUCGCCCGAAAUUGCGAAAGUGGCCGACGCGGCGAAGGCAAUCGGUCAAUGUUUGAAGACGUGUUUCAUAAAGGAGAAAAACCCGCACGGAUUCUGCUUUGAUCGAAUCAAAUGUAUGCCAUAUAUCACUGAUCGAAAUGCCCGUCGAGCAGUCCGGCAAUGCUCGCGGGCGAUCAGUUGGAAGAAAGAGAUCGGCGAGAUGUGCACUUGUUCGGCACACGCUGGAUUAGGAACUCUCACCAACUAUUGUGGGAUCUUCAAUUUGAUGGGUCGA